AUGAUGGAGCUCCUAGAGGAAGAUCUCACCUGUCCCAUUUGCUGUAGCCUCUUUGAUGAUCCUCGAGUCCUGCCCUGUUCACACAAUUUCUGCAGGAAGUGUCUGGAGGGAAUUCUUGAGGGAAAUGUGCGCAACGUGCUUUGGAGACCGUCCCCUUUCAAGUGCCCCACGUGCAGGAAGGAAACUCCCGUUACUGGAGUCAACAGCUUGCAGGUCAACUACUCCCUGAAAGGUAUCGUGGAAAAGUAUAACAAAAUCAAAGUAACUCCGAAAAUGCCUGUGUGCAAAGUGCACAGCGGGCAGCCCCUCAACAUUUUUUGCCGGACAGACAUGCAGCUGAUCUGUGGGGUGUGUGCCACCCGCGGGGACCACACAAAGCACGUCUUCUGUUCUAUUGAAGAAGCCUAUUCCCAGGAGAAGCGGGCUUUCGAAACCCUGUUUCAGGGCUUUGAAACUUGGCGCUGUGGAGAUGCCCUCUCGCGGCUGGAUACCUUGGAAACCAGCAAGAGGAAAGCCCUGCAGAUGCUGACCAAAGAUUCUGACAAAGUGAAGGAGUUCUUUGAGAAGCUGCAGCACACGCUGGAGCAGAAGCAAAAUGAGAUUCUCUCUGACUUUGAGACCAUGAAGCUUGCAGUGAUGCAGGCCUACGAUCCGGAAAUCAAUAAACUGAACACAAUUCUGCAGGAGCAACGGAUGGCUUUUAACAUUGCAGAGGCCUUCAAAGAUGUGUCUGAACCCAUUAUAUUUCUGCAACAAAUGCAGGAGUUCAGGGAAAAAAUCAAGGUGCUCAAAGAAACCCCUUUGCCUUGUUCCAGUGUGGACAUCAGCCCUACAAUGAAGAGCUUUGAUACCAGCCAGUGGAAUGGAAUAAAGCUGGUUGAUGUGGACAAACUUGCCUUGCCUCAGGAAAACAACACUCUUAAAUUCAAGAUUCCCUCAGUCUUCUCGCGCAGAUUUAUAGUGACCUCUCUUGUUUGCUUGCUUAUUCUUGCUGUCACCAGAAUGUCCUCAGUGGAGUCGGUUGUUGACAAUCUCCAGUGCUGGAAAUCUCGGUUCUUUACAAUUGGCCUGUCCUAUUUGGCAGAUACAGUGGAGAUAGCAGAUCAUGCGGUCUUCUACUGGGAACAGAUGACAGAUGGAGCCUCACUUCUAAGAGAAAAGUGUAAGAACUAUACAAUGGUUGUACUGGAUAAUGUUGCACAGUUUGUGUGCAAAUAUAAACUGCUGUGA